AAUUUUUUAAGAAAUAAGAACAGGUUGCUUUUGGCUCACUUUUUAUUGGAUUUUCAGCAAAUAAUAUUUAUAGGACCCUAAAUGCCUUUAUUUUACUAUCCCAUAAUGGCCACAGUCUUUACACAAUUAUAUGACAGCCUCAAACUUGGCCUGUUAAGUGAAGUCACAUUUUCUGUCAGAAUAUGGACGUUCUUAAGGCUUACUGACAAGGUUAAUUUUGCAUUUUAUUUUGAUUGUAUAGUCGCUUGUUUUCCAGGGGAUGUAUGUAUUUCUGCAUGCAGUCAAAGGAACACCUUUUGAAACUCCUGACCAGGGGAAAGCAAGACCCCUGACUCACUGGGAACAGCUGGACGAUGGAGUACAGUUCACAUCUUCACGGAAGUUUCUCACAAUUUCUCCAAUAAUCCUAUAUUUUCUGGCAAGUUUCUAUACGAAAUAUGAUCCAACUCACUUCAUCCUAAACACAGCUUCUCUCCUGAGUGUGCUAAUUCCCAAAAUGCCACAGCUACACGGUGUUCGGAUCUUUGGAAUUAAUAAGUACUGAAGUGUUUUGACACUGGACAAAGUUGUUUUCAGCUGAGUUUCCUGCAAGGAAGGAAUGCUAGUCAACUGCACUGUUUCUGUGACAAUGUGAAAUACAGCCUUUCCGUGGGAGAACUGAGCACUGGCUCUUCAUAGGCUGUUUGGAAGUGCAGACCUUGGCUAAAAGGCGCUUUAAUGUUUAAUGCAUCUCAUGGAUUGUUGAAGAGAGGCUGCAUUGUUAGGCUGGGCAGGCCCAGCGUAAGAUGUAAAUGACUAUGAUAUGAGGGGAAAAUAGACACAUUCAAGGAAAUAAAGAGAUUUUGAAGAAA